UCUGCGGCGUCUGAGAGCCCGAGACGGCGGAGCGGAGCAGGCCGGUGCCGGGGAGGGUCAGGACGGGGAGAGACGCGGAGGGAAGACGGGCAGUGCGCGACCACCGGAGGGUUCAGGCCCGGGGCUGCAUGGCGAAACGGGGAGAAGGAGGAUUUGAUGGUCUGAAGGUGGAUCAGUUUCAUCGCCACAAUAGUCCAUCAGCAUUUUAAUGUCUUUUGUUUCAUUUGCGUUGAUUUCAAAUGCAUCGAUCAGGCCAGUAGUGUUUUUGUUUCAUCAUGCCUCUCGAUCUGGACAGUGACGCAGCGGCGAACAAAACGAGUCCAGAGGCGGAACAGGAAGUGUGUGAGGUCACACAUGAAGAGAGAGUGACGGACACACCAACACGAAGAGUUGGACGACCCGCUCGAAAACGCAAAACACCAGGAGAGGAUAUUUGUGGGCGUGUGAUUGAGGGCGUGACUUGUAUGAAACAGGCGGGCUGUAACGGUGAAGCAGAGAGUCGGGUUUCACAGAAAAACCUGGAGCAGAACGACUCCUCCCCUGACUCCACAGACACACCCCCCGGUGCGGACGGAGACUCCACCCCUUCCACUCCACGGAAGAAACGAGGGCGGCGGAAACUCGAGCACCCAGAGCAACACGUUGAAGAGGACGACACCAGCAGCGGAGAUGUGAGGACUCAAAACACAAGCGACGGGGGUCGUCUGAGGGGCAGGGAGGGCUGGGACAUCAGUCUGAGGAGACGUCCCGUACAAAGAGAGACCUUCCAGGCCGGAGACCCCUAUCACAUCAGCCGCAGAGAGAAAGAGGAGUUGCUCGCCCGCUGGAAGAAAGAGAAGGAGGAGAAGGCCCAACUGGUGACCACCAUGAGUGACAUAAUGGACGACCAAUCAGCUGUCGGCUCUCAGGAGGAGGAGGAGGAGCCAGCCAUCAAUCUCCCAUCCAUGCCCACACCUCAGCAGCAGCACACUGACCCCGCCUCCCCAACGGUCGCCACGACGCCCGAGCCGCCUCCCGUCGCCUGCGGUAACAAAGUGAUGACGAGAUCCUCAGAGAUUAAUCUGGAGUAUGAGGACGGCCGUGGGUUCGGGAUCGGAGAGCUGGUCUGGGGGAAGCUGCGGGGAUUCUCCUGGUGGCCCGGCCGGAUCGUGUCGUGGUGGAUGACAAGUCGCAGUCGUGCCGCUGAAGGCACCCGCUGGGUCAUGUGGUUUGGAGAUGGCAAAUUCUCAGUGGUGUGUGUGGAAAAGCUGUUGCCCUUGAGUACAUUUUGCACGUCUUUUCAUCAGCCCACCUACAACAAACAGCCCAUGUACAGAAAAGCCAUCUAUGAAGUUUUACAGACGGCGAGUAUGCGUGCCGGGAAACCGUUCCCUGUGUGUGUGUCCACUGAUGACUCGGACUCAGGGAAUAGUGUUGAAGUGCAGACACGGCAGAUGAUUGAAUGGGCCAAUUCUGGGUUUCUCCCUUCCGGUGCCAGAGGCCUGGAGCCGCCACCAGCGGAGCGGAACCCGUAUACUGAGGUGUAUCCAGAGAUGUGGGUGGAGCCUGAGGCCGCUGCGUACACGGCUCCGCCCCCUGCCAAGAAACCCAGGAAGAACAGUGUCGAGAAACCCAAAAUCAAAGAGAUUAUUGAUGAAGGAACCCGAGAGAGACUCGUGUAUGAAGUCAGACAAAAGUGUCGCAAUAUUGAAGAUAUUUGUAUUUCCUGUGGAAGUCAAAACGUAUCACUAGAGCAUCCUCUGUUUGUCGGAGCCAUGUGCCAGAGCUGCAAGAACUGUUUUCUGGAGUGCGCGUAUCAGUACGACGAUGACGGUUAUCAGUCGUACUGCAGCAUCUGCUGUGGAGGACGAGAAGUGCUCAUGUGUGGGAACAACAACUGCUGCAGGUGUUACUGCGUGGAGUGUGUCGAUCUGCUCGUCGGGGCCGGAUCCGCACAGGCCGCUAUUCGUGAAGACCCCUGGAACUGCUACAUGUGCUGCACCAGGAACGUCUUCGGCCUCCUGAGGCGCAGAGAUGACUGGACCUCACGACUGCAGCUGUUCUUCGCCAACAACCACGACCAGGACUUUGAACCGCUGAAGUUGUAUUCACCAAUACCAGCAGAGAAGAGGCAGCCAAUCAGAGUCCUCUCUUUGUUUGAUGGCAUCGCUACAGGGCUGCUGGUGCUGAAGGAUUUGGGCAUUCAGGUGGGGCAGUACGUGGCGUCAGAGGUGUGUGAGGACUCCAUCACGGUGGGGAUGGUGCGACACGAGGGAAUAAUCAAUUAUGUGGGAGACGUCAGAAACGUCACACGCAAGAAUAUUCAGCAGUGGGGGCCCUUUGAUCUCGUGAUCGGUGGAAGCCCCUGUAACGAUCUGUCUAUCGUCAACCCUGCCAGGAAAGGCCUGUACGAGGGCACCGGGCGUCUGUUCUUUGAGUUCUACCGGCUGCUUCACGAAACGCUACCCAAAGAAGGAGAGGAACGACCGUUUUUCUGGCUGUUUGAAAAUGUUGUCGCCAUGGGAGUCAGUGACAAGAGAGACAUCUCACGCUUUCUGGAGUGUAAUCCAGUAAUGAUUGAUGCUAAGGAGGUGUCUGCUGCACACAGAGCUCGAUACUUCUGGGGAAACUUACCUGGAAUGAACCGACCGCUGACUGCCAUGGCAAAUGAUAAACUCCAGCUGCAAGACUGUCUGGAACAUGGACGCACAGCUAAGUUCUAUAAAGUGCGAACCAUCACAACACGCUCAAACUCAAUAAAACAGGGCAAAGACCAGCACUUCCCUGUCUACAUGAACAAUAAAGAGGAUAUCCUGUGGUGCACGGAGAUGGAGAGAGUUUUCGGCUUCCCCAUCCAUUACACAGACGUGUCCAACAUGAGUCGUCUCGCCAGGCAAAGGCUUCUGGGAAGGUCGUGGAGCGUUCCUGUGAUUCGCCACCUCUUCGCUCCACUGAAGGAAUACUUUGCCUGUUACUGAAGCUCCGCCCACCUCACAACGUGAUGGCAUCGUGACUAGGUUUGGGCCGAUAGACGAUGUCAUCGUUCAUCACUGAUCACUGACAGACAUCACAAUGUUGAGCCAGCAUCGUGAUUCACCCCCGUCUGCGUGCAGUCCAAUUUUUGUAACCACACAGACGGUCCGCGUACAACAGCGCAAGCGCGAGGUGACUGUUGAGACAGAGAGAGUAAAGUAGGUGAUACUGCUCAUCCGUCCUCACUCAUCAGCAGCUGAGCAUACUAUAAGAGAAGUAUAUUAUGUAAGAGAAGUAUAGUGAAGUAUACCCGAGCCUUUAGUGGUCAGCUGCCCCCCCCAUGUCAUCGUCCAUCUCAAUGUUUCACUGUAGACAUCGUCUGAUGCCAAUUUGGUAGACAUCGCCCAACCCUAAUCGAGACGUCCCUCCUCUUCCUUUCCUGCAUAUCUAAUAAGCUCCACCUUCUUGUGUUCUUCAUUUUUGCUCAUGGCCUAUGAACAGCUGGUGCUAUCCUACUAUAAUUAUUCAACCCACUAAACAGCCACACUUCAGAUAUUUAUUUGAAAACAUAACUGGUUUCAGAGUUUAGAUUUUUUUAUUUUAGAAUUUUUUUGUCAUGU